GGAUGUUUGGCCAAAGACACAUUGACGCCAACCACUCGAUCGGACGCCUGAUCAACCAUUCGUUUCAAGUCACUGAGUCAGGUCAGACUCUAUUUACAGGUUUAUUGAGUUCAAUGAAGUGCUGGCGUCGAGUAGCAGACGUUGGGCGAUCACAACGUUACGUCGAAUUUUCAUUGCUCGCUUUGUCUGGCUAACUGUUAACAAGCUUUUGUCAGGUUAGGUCCAUUUUCUCACCCGGUACUUUCCCAUCUUCCCAGUGGCUUUAGAGAGGAACGCUCAACGAUACGUAAACCAUCUCCAUUAAGCAGUCUUGUCGUGAGUACUGAACCAGACCUGCGAUGUCCCAGUUACAUACUGAUGCAACGGAUGGUCCCCCUACGGCCCUCACUGCCGAUGCUGCCUGGUGGAAUACGACAGCGAAAGCCGUGCGUGAAGUUGAUGAAGCGAAAAUUAAAGACCAUAAGGAAGACGUUGAUACUCUCCUCGUGUUUGGCGGCUUGUUCUCCGCAAUCAUGACAACAUUGCUGGUUGAAUCAUAUAAGACUCUUCAGCAGGACCCGGCAGAUGCCACCUUGAAAGUACUCGAGCACAUUUCGCAACAAUUGAACAGUUUCACAAUCAACAAUACUACAAGUCUCGUGAAUAACGCCAUACCUCCUUUCAUGCUCCUUCCCUCCUUCAACCCCUCGGUGUCUGCGAUAUGCACAAACGUCGCAUGGUUUGCUAGUUUGAUCAUCAGCUUGGUAGUGGCAUCCUUCGGGAUGUUGGUCAAGCAGUGGCUCAGAGAGUUCCUCGCCGGAGAAUACACGUCGCCCCAGGCGCGCCUCCGCAUUCGUUGCUUCCGAUAUCCUGGCUUGGCACAAUGGAGAGUUUUCGAGAUCGUCGCAAUUCUACCGCUGCUAUUGCAACUCGCGUUGGCAUUGUUUCUAAUAGGGCUGUGCUUUUUCACGUCCUCCGUCCAUCCUAGCAUCGCUUGGACAAGCGUACCCUUGAUUGCAAUAUGGGCAGGCCUCUUUCUCGCCGCCACGCUUGCUCCGGCAUUCUCACCACGGUGUCCGUACAAAACUACCUUUCUCAAAGGUCCUAUGCAAUCCCUCCGACGUUUCUUGGCCAAAUGGCCCCAUAUCCACCCUCCCCCAUCAGGCGUCCGACGCCUUGCACAGGUGACUACGCGAUUAAUCUGGUUCUACAUACUCCCCUUAAGUCCAGCAUGGCCCGAUGGCAAUCCCGGCAAUGGACUUGAGGACGGUAUUUUCCUGAUAGAGGAGGAUGACAUAGUCGUCGAUGUUCCGAAUGACCUUGAUGUCCUGGUCGAAGUAGAUUUCAUCCAAACUGACGACAACCUGCUCCGUAAUGCACUUUUAGACCAGCGAUUUUUGCAGGUUCAUCGUAACGGCCGCGAUAUAGUCUCAUUUAUUCUUCGCAUUGUCUCCCAUCGAACGGACACAGCAGUUUCUUACGGGUCCCAAGAGCCCAGGGAUCUUCGUCGACUGUCGAAAGAACUUUGGUAUGCUGUGACCUACGUGCUCUCAUCAUUGCUAUCUCAGCAGCUCACACUUUGGAUGACUUAUAAUACUGAACAACGUGCCAAGUUCUCCGAUUGGAUGCAACCCGCUGUCGUGCUCUUACUGUCCAUGUCGUCGUUCCCUCUCCCCCCUAUGUGCUCUCUCGGUACCUUACUUCCAAUCUAGCUGAUGUCAGGGACUUCAUUAUCAAACCAACUCUUGCCAGCGAUGCACUCGAGAUCCUCGGUGGACCUGCUCAGCUUGAUGCGCUUAGGAUUCUUGAGCAGCAUCGGACUAAUGAUGUUAGCC